AUGCCCAAAAUCCUCUGCCUCCACGGCCACGGCACCAGCGCCUCAAUCUUCAAGUCUCAAACCGCAGCAUUCCGCUCCAGACUCCCCCCCUCCUGCACCUUCGACUUCGUCUCCGCCCCGCACCCAAGCGCGCCUGCCCCAGGAAUAAAAGCAAUCUACCCCGGUUCGCCAACGUACACAUGGUACCGCGAGCCCACGCCGGCCGGGCUCCGAGAAGCACAUACCUGGGUUCUGGAAUACGUGAAGAAGAAUGGACCGUAUGAGGCCGUGAUGGGGUUCUCGCAGGGCUGCUCGCUUGUUGCGACGAUGGCGCUGUAUUGUGCUUUUGAUGGCCGUUCUGGAGAUGCACACGGGGAUGGACAUGGGGAUGGAUACGGAUUCCCCUUCCGUGCAGCGGUGUUUAUCUGCGGCGGGGUACCGCUCUACGCACUCAGGGACAUGGGUCUAGAUGUAUCCGACCGGGCGGAAGAAAUCAACAAAGAAACAGGGGCAUUGCUAAACGGCACAGCCGGGAAACUGAGUACCUUGGCUGCAGACACGACGCUGAUAAAGCGCGGUGUUGGGCUUUGGGAUGGGAAUGGGGCAGCGCUGAUCCAUGAUCCGGACCCUGUGAAUCGGCCGCGGAGGGAGGAUGUCUUUGGGCUUGAUUUUACGGCGUUUCCGGAGUGGGCGAGGAUUCAAAUUCCUACGGUGCAUGUUUAUGGGUGUAAGGAUCCGCGAUGGCCUGCUGGGAUUCAGUUGGCGGAGUUUUGUCCGGAUCGCGUGGAGUUUGAUCAUGGGGGUGGGCAUGAUAUUCCGCGGUUGUCGGGGGUUUCGGAGAGGAUUGCUGAAUUAGUUAAGAGGGUUGUUGAGAGGGUAUAA